GGAAUAAGAAUCCUUGUCCGUUGUCAUUGCAGUGAUUGCGUUGGCGAUUUGCAUCAAUUUGUGAGUGUUGGAAAUGGAGACGUUGCCGACGACGUCGACGGUGAAAAGAGGAGGAAGAUCCAAAACCGUGCACACCUCGAAACCUUCCCUCGUCAUGGCCUUCUUCUCUUGCGUUGCUUGGCUUUACGUUGCUGGAAGGUUAUGGCAAGAUGCAGAGAAUCGCAAUUUACUUACUAGUCUUCUGAAGAAGAAUUCAGCUCAGAGGCCUAAGGUUCUUACGGUGGAAGAUAAGCUAAUGGUUCUAGGAUGCCGGGAUCUGGAGAGGAGGAUCGUGGAAGCUGAGAUGGAAUUGACAUUGGCUAAGAGUCAAGGGUACCUCAAAGGCCAAGGGCAGAAAAGUGGCUCUUCAUCUGAUCGUAGGCUUCUUGCUGUUAUUGGGGUGUAUACAGGGUUUGGAAGUCGAUUGAAGAGAAAUGUUUUCAGGGGGUCUUGGAUGCCCAGAGGUGAUGCCUUGAAAAAACUUGAAGAAAGAGGAGUGGUCAUACGUUUUGUAAUUGGUCGGAGUGCUAAUCGAGGUGAUAGCUUAGAUCGUAAUAUUGAUGAGGAAAACCGCUCAACAAAGGAUUUCCUGAUUCUUGAAGGUCAUGAAGAAGCUCAAGAAGAGUUGCCUAAAAAAGCUAAAAUCUUCUUUAGUACUGCAGUUCAGAACUGGGAUGCUAACUUUUAUGUGAAAGUUGAUGACAAUAUUGACAUUGAUCUAGAGGGUUUAAUUGAACUUCUUGAACGUCGGCGUGACCAGGAUGGGGCAUAUAUCGGAUGCAUGAAGUCAGGAGAUGUGAUAUCAGAAGAGGGAAAACCAUGGUAUGAACCUGAAUGGUGGAAAUUUGGAGAUGAGAAAGCGUAUUUCCGACAUGCCGCUGGUUCACUUGUUAUAAUUUCAAAGAAUUUAGCACAAUACAUUAAUAUAAACAGUGUAUCUUUGAAGACCUAUGCCUUCGAUGAUACAUCGUUGGGAUCAUGGAUGAUGGGAAUCCAAGCAACUUAUAUAGAUGACAGUCGCCUUUGCUGCAGUAGUAUCAGUAAAGACAAGGUAUGCUCCUUGGCUUGAUUGGUCAUCAUGAUCUCAUGGCUCGCUACUCUUGCCUGGGAAUUUAUACAAUUUGUCUGAAGAUCAGUGUCAGUUGAAGAUUAUGUUCACUCUAUGGUUGCAUACUGCCUCGAGAGCAUUGCAGAUACUGUCAAUUUGGAGUAUUUCCCUUCUAGAUCUGGUGAUCUGUUCAUUCUUUUAGAUGUCAGCAGCGAAAAUGGAAGUAUAACUACAGAUUACUGACUUCAACCAGUGGAGCUCACUUGAUAUUUUAGGAAGUACUAUGAUUAUACAUUAUAGUUCUUUGUUAUUUGUCUAUACCAAAACAUCUGUUCAUGACCAAAUACUGAAUAGAUAAAAACCUAAACGAAAGGAAGCAGCUGCUUUUAAUAUACAAAUUAUUAUUAUUGUUGAUAUAUUGAACCACGGACGAGCAAAUUGUAGAC